AUGAAUAAAUUGAUCAUCAUCGCUUGCCUGCUGUCGUCGGCGAUAGCUGCGCCUAGGCCAGAUGUAAUUUAUAGUUCAUAUGCACCUCUGGCGCGAUUCUCCUCGCCAGUAACCUACGCCUACUCAUCCCCCAUCGUCUAUCCCAGUUACUUGGCUCCAUUGUCCAGUUACUCGAGCAGCUAUAGUUUCACAUCUUUGCCAUAUUCUUUUCUAGUGAAUUAA